CAGAUGGCGAGCGUGUAGGAGAGCAAAAGGGCCGACUCUCCAUUGCCUUGGAAGAAGAUCGUGCCCACUUGCAGAGGCUUUCGGCAUGAGUACCCCAGCCAAGCAGGUUACAGCCGCGAGGCCGUACGCGUGGCCGCACGACCUGUCGCUCGGAAAGGCCACCACGGCUUUGGUCGUGAUCGAUAUGCAACGAGACUUCUGCGCCCCGGACGGAUACUUCGCCGCGCUGGGCUACGACGUCGCGCCCAUCCGCGCCGUGAUCCCGAGGCUGCGUGCGCUGCUGUGCGCGUGGCGCCGCGCGGGUUGGCGCGUGUAUCACACGCGCGAGGGCCACCGGCCCGACCUGUCGACGCUGCCGCAGCGCGAGGCGUUCCGGAGCCGGGUCGGCGGCGCGGAGAUCGGGGCGGAGGGCCCGCUGGGACGCUUUCUUGUCAGAGGCGAGCCUGGUCACGACAUCGUCUCCGAGCUGUAUCCCGUCGCAGGCGAGGCGGUCAUAGACAAGCCGAUGCGGAGCGCGUUCAGUUGGACGGACUUUGACCUGUUGCUGAGGAACGCCGGCGUGAGGAAUCUGGUGGUGAGUUCGCUCUUUGCCCCGAGGGUUGGGCGGCUGCCUAGGCACGGUUUAAGGCAGCAGAGGCUAACAAGCAGGCAUAUCUGUGGGGUCACAACGGAUGUGUGCGUGCUGAGUACGGUAAAGGAUGCCGUCGAGCGUGGCUAUGAUGUGUUGCUACUCGAGGACGGGUGCGCGGCCGCGAGAGGAGAUAUAAAUGACGCAGUCAUGCACAGCGUGCAGCUGGAAGGGGGUAUAGCAGGCUGCGUGGCCAAAAUCGAUGACGUGCUUCAAGUGUUAGCACAAGCCUAG